AUGAUAGCCUUUUCAAGUAACAUAGGCUUGCGAGCCAGCUUAUCGACCCUGUUCCAGUACCACCAAAUAGCAGCAGUAACAAUGGGAAAGACAAGAGUUUUCAACCAUAGCCAGAUGAGGGUGAACCCGCCAUUCUGAUGGAUCGUCACUACGCGUAGAUUCGCAAUUUUUCCGAUUUGGCAGUUUGGGCUCUUUGGGUUCGCACGCGCAUGCUGUUUGAUUGAUUGGAAUUCUGACGUUCAACAGGUAGAAUGGAUAGUUAUUCGAUCCCAUUUCAAAGAGAUCAAUCACCCCACAGUCAUACAUGUGUCCGCUAGACUUCUUAUCCGGAGGAAUACUGCACUCCAAGGUUCGAGUAAUAUUUGUAGUAAUCAAAUCAUGCCACUCAUCUGCCGCAUCUGUAUUUGUGCGAUAUCCCAUUCGUAUUUCCAACUCUAGAAGAGCUCCAUCCACAUAUUUGAAAUUAUCGCUGUACUCGACUUCUACUUGGAGAAGCCCAAGAAGAAACUGGAACCAAGGUGAAUAUUCGAGUUGAAUGCGCUCCCUCAUGUGUGGCAUUUGUGCAACGAAUACGAUUUCUCGCAGAUCAAAUGA